AUGGGUUCCAUCCAACAAACCACCCCCUCCAACUUCUCCGCCGGUCACUCCCCCUUCGCCAACACUCCUCUUCCUCGCCGCAUCGAUGAAAUCGCCGCCAGCUCUCCCUCGAGGGAGUGGAUGAUUACUCCGCGUUCUUCCGACAUUCACGCCGAUUGGCGCACCAUCACCUUUGGCGAGUUCGCAAAGGCUAUCAACGGAGCAUGCAAGUGGAUCGAGAGGACAGUUGGCCCGGUUCCAGACCAACGUGAGACUGUCGCUUACAUGGGACUCAACGAUGUUCGCUAUGCGGUGAUUAUCGUCGCUCUCAUGAAAACAAACCGCAGAGCUAUGCUGCUUUCCCUGCGUAACUCCGACGAAGCCCAGCUGCACCUCCUACAGCGCACAGAUUCGACUCACUACAUCUUUUCGGAAGGCAUCGAAAACCACCUGCAUGUCUUUGAGCAACACUCAGAAGAUCUCCAUGGCCACCAGGUCCCUACAUUUGACCAGAUGGUUGCUCUUGGCGAGCAGCACGGCCACUAUGAGAGCCAGGGUCGUGAGGACACGCUUGAACAAGUCUUGAUCAUCCACACGUCUGGCAGCACCGGGCUUCCCAAGCCCAUCUACUUGACGAAUGCCUGGGUUGCGCAAAUCGACCACCAGAAAUACAUCAAGGCUCCUGCGGGUCGCAAGAACCGUUCCGAAGGCUGGAUGGGACCGACAGCUGAUGGCAAGCCCAUGUUCGUCCCUGCUCCUUUCUACCACGCCAUGGGCACCAUUGCCCUGACCCGAAGCAUCUACACUGGCCCUCUCGUGCUUCCUCCCCUCAACGUUCCGCUCAACGAGAACAUGCUUAGUGAGAUCCUUCUCCUUCGCAAGGCUACUACGGCACUUUUCCCCCCAGCUCUUUUGGAACAGCUGAGCGAGACGGAAAAGGGCCUGAAGGCUCUGUCUACACUUGACGAUAUCUUCUUCGGUGGAGCUCCCCUUUCUAGAGAAGCCGGUGACCGCGUGAGAAAGGUCACCCGUAUCAACUCCAUCAUUGGGUCUACAGAAGCCUCGCUCAUCAUGGCUUUGGAGCCUGAGGAUCCGGCUGAUUGGGAAUACUUUGAAUGGCACCCCUACUCUGGUGUUGUCAUGGAGGAUGCUGGCGACGGUCUGUACGAGCAGGUCCUGAAGCCUAUCGUCGACCCCAGGUACCUUUCCGUCUUUUCCAACUUCCCGGAAAUCACCGAGUGGAGGACCAAGGAUCUGUGGGAGGAGCACCCGACCAAGAAGGGUUUGUGGAGGUACAAGGGUCGCCGCGACGAUGUGAUUGUCUUCAGCAACGGCGAGAAGUUCAACCCAGUCAGCUUCGAGAAGGCCGUGGAGGCUCAUGCCUUGGUCAGAGGCGCCGUCGUUGUGGGCCAGAACCGCUUCCAGCCGGCGAUCCUCAUCGAGCCCGACUGGAGCAGGGUUCCGGAGGGACAGAGUCUGGACGACCUUCUCACCGAGUUGUGGCCUGCAGUUGAAGAGGCCAACAAGGAGGCUCCUGCUCACGCACAAGUCUGGAAGAACAAGGUCGCCUUCACCAAGAAGGACAAGCCUUUCGUCCGCGCACCGAAGGGAUCUAUUAUCAGGCGUGCGACUGUCAACCUCUACGCGCAGGAGUUCGAUGCUCUGUACUCCAGCGAAAGCUUCGAUGAACAGCUGGGAAACCUGCCCAAGGACGCUGACCUGCCUACCAUCCGCGCGUUCGUCCGCAACGCCAUCAGCCUGACCGUCCCUCUCUUCAAGGACGAGCACACGGACGACCAGGACAUCCUUGAUCUCGGCGUCGAUUCCCUGCAGGUCAUGGCGCUCGCCAGCUCCAUCAGCCACGCCAUCAAGGACGACGCUGCCGACCGCGGCGCAAAGGUCCUCCCGCGCGACAUCUACGCCAGCCCCUCGGUCAACAAGCUCGCCGCCACCAUCCAGAGCAAGCUCUCCGCGAACGACGCCGACGCCCAGCCCGCGAAGCCCCGCGAGCAGAUCAUGGCUGAAAUGGUCGAGAAAUACACAUCCGACCUCCCGCAGACCGCCGCGCCCCUCCCCUCCUCCCUCCCCGAGCAGCAGACCGUCAUCCUCACCGGCUCCACCGGCUCGCUCGGCAACUACAUCCUCGAAACCCUAAUCGCCAUGCCCUCCGUCGCCCACAUCUACUGCCUCAACCGCUCCGACUCGGCCGCCGCCCGCCAAGCCCAGUCCUUCGCCGAGCGCGACGUGGCUCCCGACUUUUCCAAAGUCACCUUCCUCCGCACCGACUUCAGCCAGGACCUCUUCGGCCUGCCGCAGGCCACGUACGACGAGCUCGCGGCGUCGGCCACGCUCUUCAUCCACAACGCGUGGGCCGUCGACUUCAACCACGCCCUGCAGUCCUACGAACCCACGCACAUCGCCGGCACCCGCCGCGUCGUCGACUUCUCGCUGCACUCGCGCCACCGCGCCCACGUCGCCUUUAUUUCCUCUAUCGCCUCCGUCGCCAACUGGCCGCGCGUCGGCGACUCGGGCGCUGCUGCUGCUGUGCCGGAGACCUUCAUCGACAACGACAGCGCGCCCCUACCGCAGGGCUACGGCGAGAGCAAGCACGUCGCCAGCCGCAUCCUAGCCGUCGCUGCGCAGCGCGCAGGCGUCCCGGCGUCCAUCUUCCGCUGCGGGCAGCUGGCCGGGCCGAGACAGCAGAAGGGCUGCUGGAACCGCCACGAGUGGCUGCCGUCGAUCGUGCACACGAGCAAGAACAUGGGCGUCGUCCCAGCCAACCUCGGCAACCAGGACGCCGUCGACUGGGUGCCGAUGGACGCCGCGGCGCGCACCGUCGUCGAGGCCAGCUUCGACCGCUUGCGAAGGACGCAGGGCAGCGUGCCGCUCGACGUGUUCCACGUCGUUAAUCCGCGCGUUGUGUCGUGGCGGGAGCUCGUGCCGGUUGUGCAGGCGUUUUAUAAGCGGGAGCAGCAGGGGGUCGAGCUCGAGGCGGUGCCGUUUAGCGAGUGGAUGCGCGCGUUGAAGGCGACGCCGUUGACGAAGGAGGAGAUUGAGAAGAAGCCUGGUGUGAAGCUGGUUGAGUUUUACGAGGGGUUGCAGGCUGAGGGCGGGUCGUUGCCGCCGAUGGAGACGGGGCAUACGCAGGAGUGUAGUGAGUGUUUGAGGGAGCUAAAGGAGGUUGAUGCGGGGUUGUUUGAGAAUUGGUUGAGGCAGUGGCAGUUUUAA